CCAAGAGUCACGGACACGCGUGUGCACAGCCACACCAAGGCAAGCACGACCUCAGCUCUGCUUUGCCAUUGCCAGUAUAUAUGUCGUGGGGGUCCACAUAUCUUCACAACCUCGCCAGCACAUGCUUAAGUAAUAACCGUAUCUCCAUCAUUCCGCCGUUUCUUUUCUGUCUCUGUCUCUCGCUCGAAUGUCGUCGCAGGUCAUCGAAGCCAGGUCUUUGCAGAGCCUAACAGCGCUUGCUUCCAACCCACCAGCAUACCCAAGAAAUCCGACUCAUGUGAAGCAUGAGCCACUGGUGCUGUAUAUUGCUCGCGUCCCUGGCAGUAAAGACGUGUUCCUUACGCCUAUGAAACCUCGGGAGAAGGUAGUCACAGCGGAAGACAUCACAAGCUCUCUCUAUUUUGUCCAUGUUGAGCAACCUGAGGAUGCCCAACUUGUCAACUCUUCCGAGUUCCAAAAUCGUGACUAUUCGGAAGAUACACCAGCAGUCCAACGCAAGGCCGUUCCUACAGCUGCGGCUCCCAUGCGUAAACCUGUUCCUGGAAACCUUACGCCCAUCAACAAUUUUGAGAAUAGACAGAAUGUUAAUGCAGGAAACUAUGCUCAGAGGCCUAGGAAUCUCGGGCCAGAGUACACCCCACGCUAUUCAUCCGAUGGGCCUCAAUAUGGAAGCGAGAACGAAAGGCGAACGUCUUCCACGGCAAGACGCCCUGAGCAUCCGCAUCCUGUUGGCACAACUCUCACUCUCAUUCGACGCGACCCUGGAUCUGGCGCUCAAUGGAACGUUGCUCGAAUCGAGGACCCACCUGUCAUUGAAAUAUCAUCUACAGGGCUGAAUGAUUCUGCUGCAAAGAGGAGGAUUGGAGCUCCCUUGUACAUUGACGUAUUCAACCCUGGGUACUCCAAAUUCCUUCAUUCGGACAGUGCAAGCAGGCCACCUUUACUGCCUCGUCCUAGUGACAUGUCUGUUCAAUCCUACCAGACCGGCAUGACAUCACGGCCACAAGCACCAGAUUCAUACCCAGGUGGCCCACCGGGAAGCGAAAACACGUUCCGUCGACGACUUUGGAUGGAGGGGUCUCAACACACUAACGGGGGUUUUGGACAUCGGAAAAAGAGCUCCUACGACGUCAGUUCUGAGCGACCGAGUUCCAGAGGAAAUUACGGUCCGCAAUCCGAGAGUUUUUCAACAGGCCAUCGUCCUUCGUUAUCGUAUUCUUCUAUAUCUUCUGCCGAUCAGAGGAACGGCAGCGCCAUGCAGGCUGCUGACAGGCACUCAUUCUUCCGCGGGUAUGUGUUUACAAGUCCAUGGAACGGUCGCUGUGAGUUUGUCACUGGGGUAGGCGGAGGAUCUCUGAAAUGUCGUCACAUUGUCCCAGGACUCCAAGGAGCGCCCCCUUUUGCAAUGCCAGUUAGCGAAUUGAGAUUCAACCUUCCAUCAAGCCAGAAGACACCCAUACCUUCACCCAGAGCCGAAGAACCAUCUAAGCGAUCGUCUUUCUUCCACCGAGGUCGACACAGUCGCAACAACUCUUCCAUAUCAGUAAAUAGACCGGAUACCGUGGACGAUACUAGAAAUUCCCUGGACCGUCUGGAUCUAUCGCUAGGGCAAGAGUACGCAGGAGGCGGAAUGGGUGGCAAACACGCGAAGCUCGGAAAGCUGAUUGUUGAGGAUGAGGGUCUUAAGAUGAUGGAUUUGUUGGUUGCAGCGAACCUUGCACUGUGGUGGAGAGCGUACGAGAAGACGGGCUCAGGGUGAGGAGAUAUGAUAAGGGCUUCCAAGCUCAGUAAUUGUUAGUCUCCAAGGGAUUCGCACAUAUAGAUAAUGUUGGGCGCUCGAAUAAUACAGGGAAGGAUAGCGCUGGUGGUCACAUUGCUCUGAGAACAAGCAAGAUAGUUCUAUAUGCGAGUGCAUGAAGCAUGUCUUCCGGAGGUGUGGCUUAACCCUUACUACAAGAGAUUGCCUGUGGCUGUAAUCUGUUGAGUGGAUGAAGAACACACGCCCAUCGCUCAGGUCAUGAAUAUGCCAGCUCCUUCUACCGUCACAUCGAACAUCAAAUGUGGGUGCAUGUCACCCCGCGUCCGCACCUCGUACUGUAACACACACAAUCAAACCC